AUGACGCAAAUCGAUGCUCUUGCGCAGGCAAAAUCUCAACUGCCUCCUUCAUUUCCCAUCAUCUGGCGAGGCGAUGUAAGUUGGGAAAGGGCCAGGGUGGGCCGCGUCUUCAACCACCGCCGACCAUCCAGUCAGCCUCUUGCCGUCGUCGAAGCCACCAGGGAGGAUCACAUCGUAGAGGCUGUUCGGCUCGCACGCACUCUGGGUGCCCGGGUCUCAGUGCGGUCUGGUGGCCAUAGUUGGGCAGCCUGGAGUGUGCGAGAGGGUGCCGUUCUUAUCGACCUGGGCAAGUAUCACGAAUUUCUUCUAGACGACAGUACCGGAGUGCUACAAGCAUCACCUAGCAUGACUGGUAGGAUGGUCAACAAGCUGCUGGGCUUACGUGGCCGCAUGUUCCCCGGUGGCCAUUGCCCAGAGGUUGCUCUUGGAGGAUUUCUUCUGCAAGGAGGCAUGGGGUGGAAUUGCAAGAACUGGGGCUUUGCCUGCGAAAGGUUGAUGGCUCUUGACGUGGUGACGGCCGAUGGGGAGAAGCGACACUGUGAUAAAACCACCAACACGGAAUUAUAUUGGGCGGCACGUGGAUCAGGCCCAGGAUUCCCGGCUGUCGUUACGAGAUUCUAUCUCCAAACAAUUCCUGUCUUCAACCACAUGCGAUCAUCGGUCUACAUAUACGAGAAGAAAGAUUAUGAAGCGGCCUUUUCUUGGGUUUUAAAGCUUGCUCCUACUUUCGACGAGGGCACUGAGAUUGUUGCAGUUGGACAACAUUUACCAGGCCGGGAAGGAGAGCAUAUAUUAAUCUCCUUCGUCACUUUUAAAAAUAGUGACGAAGAAGCCCGGUCCGCGCUGCAGCCGGCUCAAGACUCAGCACCACCAGGUCACGUAGAUUCGUGGUUUUGCAAGACAACUUCACUAGCGGAGCAGUACGAUGAUCAGCAUUCUGCCAACCCUGAGGGUCACCGAUAUGCAGUUGACAACUCUUAUAUCCGAAAUGAUGCCGACGUGGUUUCUGUCCUAAAGGAGUCCUUCACAUCGCUCCCCACAAAAAAGUCUUUUACCCUUUGGUACGCGAUGGCUCCCGGCUCUCGACGCAGUAUCGAGGAUGACACCCUUGAAGAUAUGGCGCUCUCGAUGCAGACCGAUCAUUACUAUGCUGCCUAUGUCAUCUGGGAAGAUCAGGCCGACGACCUCAAAUGUCAAUCUUGGCUUACACAUGUCUUUGAUAAGAUCAAGCGGGACUCAGAAGGAUCUUAUCUUGGAGACGCCGAUUUUCAAAAGCGCUUGACCGUGUUCUGGGGGCAGGACCAAGGCAAGAGACUCAUGAACAUCAGGAAGAAAUGGGACCCUCAAGGUGUAGUGGCUGGUUAUCUCAAUAAGGGAGACCAAAAUGGUGUGGACGGUUUAGAAAAUGUACAUAACUAG